AUGGCAACUCCAUAUACGCUCCGCCGUGCCAGCACCCCCUCCGACAUGGCCCAGAUCGUCCAGCGCCAUGGAGACCUCUACAGCAAAGAACACAACUUCAACAAAGACCUCGCCGAAUCCGUAGCCGAGGAAAUCACAACCGGCUUCGUAUCCACCCACGAUCCCAGGUCCGAACGGUGCUGGAUCGCCGAACGCAACGGUGAAUUCGUCGGCUGCGUCAUGCUCGUCAAGGACAGCACAUCGGGGUCAAGCUCGGACUGCAACUGCGCGAAAUUGCGUCUGCUCAUUGUGGACCCCAGUGCGAGGGGCCUAGGGCUUGGGCAGGAUUUGGUUCAGCAGUGUACGCGGUUUGCAAGGGAGGCGGGAUACCAGUGUAUACGUCUGUGGACGAGUAGUGUGUUGACUGCGGCAAGGCGGCUUUAUAAGAAGGAGGGAUAUAGACUUGUUCGUGAAGAGGAGGACCAGACGUUUGGGGUUAAGUUGACGGCGGAAUUUUGGGAAUUGGCCCUGUAG